GAUUCUCGCUUGUAAAUUUGGAUCGUUUGGGAAGGCCCGACACAGUGAAUUCUACCAAAUUUUCUCCUGGGUACCAAUGCAGUAUUUCAAAAACUCCGAUCUCGCUCUUUAGGCAACCUGCAAAUCGCCUGCAACACAAAAUCUUAUAUUGAACUUGACUGAGAAGAAUUGAGAUCGACUCUUUGUAAGACCGGUUGCGACUUUCACGAAUGAGCGUCUGCAACUGCCAACAAGUCUUCAACGCACUUAACGCACCAUACAUAUACCGCAAAGUUGUGGAUAACACAACUGCCGUGCAAGCUCAAUCACUGGUUCAGACCUUCAGAUUCUUCCUCGCAAUCGAGCAAACAGUCAAAGGAAUUCGGCUGACAACAUUCCAGAUUUCUCAACGUAUUGCCAUACUUGAAAUCCCCCUCCAAAACCGUCAACUCGGCAUCUACUCAGUCAAUCAAGGCAUUGUUUCUAUCUGCUUGGGUUUGAAGCUGAAGUCUGCAUUGUCACUUUCAUAGCCUCACACAAACUGUCCAAAUACCUUUGAACUCUGGAGAGCCCUAGGAGGUCACAAGCCUAUCUCUCAAACAACAAUCACCCUGCAAUUCGAUCUUUCACAAACCCCAUUCAGUUUUUUAUCUAAUAAUUAAAGAUAAUGCGAGUCUAAGCUCUACAUAGCAGUCAUUAAAUAACCCAGGGAGUGACCUAGAGCUUGCACGCCAAGAAACCGCGAUCAUGGCAUACAGUAAGAAUUUCGCGGAUUGCGUGUUGCGAGAGCAUGUGCAGAAACCUUAUGAAAAAAUCAACUUCCUCGAAUCUUGGAGAAACCAGCCCGAAAUUCCAACUAGUGAAGAAAUUCUUAAAGAUGUAUCAUGGCAAGAUAAGGAUGGUCCAGAGCAGCCAAUGGAUUACCAAAGCUUGGCGGAGCCGAAAGAAUUCGAUCCUCGUCUGCCGCACAACAUUAUCGAUCAGGCUUGGGGCUCUAAGGAAGAAUACCUUGGAUUUCAUUACCAGAUUCUACGAGAAGAUGCAGUUGCUCCUCUUCGUCAGUCUGUUGCUACAUUCAAGAGAAACGAUGACAUGAGUGAUACACAAGACACUUCCAUCUACACAGACGUCCACCUCGUGGGUCUCCAACUGAGCCAUCUUGGCCCAGCGUUCAAGAUCGAAUUCUCAAGUGACAAAGCAGGCAAAAGAAUCCGAUGGGAGCAGUCAAGCAGACUUACACAAGGCAGUCUCGUGUGUUUAAGUCCAACUAGCGAUAAGUUUCGUUCCAUAUGUAAGGUUGGUACUGUCGCAGCUAGGCCCAUAGACGGUGGCUUGGACUGUGAUCCUCCACGAGUUGACAUAUUCUUUGGGAAUGACGAAGACAUUGUCUUGAAUCCGACAGAGUCAUAUAUUAUGAUCCAAGCCCGAGUGGGAUUUUUUGAGGCGUACCGUCAUGUGCUUGUAGCACUUCAAAAAUUGGCCACUGAAGAUUCACCUUAUGUCCAAAAGUAUCUGAUUGAAUUGGAUAGAGACAUUCUGCCACCUAAUUAUAUCAAGGAAAAACCUUGUCUCGACCUUCGUUCGAUUGCUCUGUCGAGUGGUGAUUAUCUUUCGAACCUUACCGACGAAGAAGAUGAAAAGUUGUCCCAUGUGAAUGUCCUAAAGGAGUUUCCAAUUCUUCCAAAAUCAGGCAUGGAUGACUCCCAGCUCGCGGCUUGUAAGCGAAUGCUCACUCAAAGCUUAGCAAUUGUACAGGGCCCGCCUGGCACUGGUAAGACGUUCACUUCCGUCCAAGCUCUCAAAGCUAUGUUGUGCAACAGGGGCAAUGGGCCAAUCAUUGUUGCUGCUCAGACUAAUCAUGCUCUUGAUCAAUUACUCACCCACAUUGCUGGUUUCGAGGAUAAGUUUGUGCGUCUAGGGAGCAGAUGUGAUAAGAAGAACUCGACAAUACUAGCGCGAACAUUGUUUGAGCUCCGUGAAGAGCAUAGAAAAUUGAAAACUAAGCAAUUCAAUGGUGGCGUUCGAGCAGCUAGCAAAGCACAUAGUAGCUUGAUCGAUUCUAUUGAACUAAUGCUUUACCCCAUCACUGAAUUUAGUAUUUUACCUGGUAGAGUUCUUUUAGAGUCUGGCGUUAUGAGUCAAGAACAUUAUGAUUCUUUCUUUGAGCCUGGUUGGUGCGAUUCGGCGGAUUCGCAAGAUGAAAAUGCCGAUCCUCUUGAAUCUUGGCUCGGGGCGCAGAAAGUCCGCAUGUCGAGGACUCCAGUGAUUAACAAGCAUCUUGAGAUAGAAGAUCCUGAUCAGGAAUUCGAUCAAUUGCGAGAGAACGAAGUCGAAGUUCAAGCGAAUGACAUGAUGGAUGCUCUAAACGGGUCAUGGGUUCCAUUAAGUCGUGCAUAUACAGGUAAAACUCUUGGUGCCAGAGCCAUUGGCAAGAAUUCUCCUAAAAACAUGCUCGCCAAAUUUGGGAGUCUUCUCGACCUUCCAGACAAGUAUCGGGGUCAUGUUUAUUGCUACUGGGAGAAGCUGUACUAUGAUCAACUGACCCAAAAGCUUAUUGAGGCACUUCGCAAGUACAGAGACUCGAUGAAUAACUUAAAGAUGGCAAAGUGGCGACGUGAUGCAGAAUUCAUUGAUUACAUAGACACAAGAAUUAUUGGUUGUACGACAACUGGUCUAUCUAAGUAUAGAGGACUACUUUCUGCUUUGAAUCCGAGUGUACUACUCAUCGAAGAAGCGGCAGAAACCCUAGAAGCAAAUGUCACAGCAGGCAUUAUUCCAUCUCUUGAGCAAGUGAUACUUGUUGGAGAUCAUCGGCAAUUGACGGCAAAUACUACACUUGACCGCUUCAUGUCACACCCUUAUUACAUGUCUGUUUCCUUGUUCGAGAGACUUGUUAAUAACGGCAUGGCUUAUACAAUGUUAAACAAACAACGCCGUAUGAUUCAAGAGAUUCGAGAGCUUUUAUGUAUUGAACCGAAUCCAUUCUAUGUCGAUCUUCAUGAUCACCAGAAUGUACGAGACCGAGUUAAUCAUCGUCCUCCAGUUCCUGGCAUGAAUUAUGAUUCAUACUUCUUCUCACACAAAUGGCAAGAACAUAGAGAUGUCAACAUGAGUUGUUACAAUGCCCCAGAAGCUGAAAUGGUUGCUGGAUUCUUCAACUACUUAGUUCUCAAUGGUGUUCAGCCGGAAAACAUUACUGUGUUGACAUACUAUAACGGCCAACGGAAAUUACUCCUAAAGGAGCUCAGUCGACGUGUCACAAGCGUUGCAACACCAUACUUCAAGGUCUAUACCGUCGACGCGUAUCAAGGUGAAGAAAAUGAGGUUAUCUUGUUAUCGCUAGUAAGAGGUAAUCCUCAUAGUUCGGUAGGAUUUUUACGAAGUAAGAAUCGUGUGGUUGUUGCUUUGUCUCGUGCACAACGUGGUCUCUACAUCUUUGGAAAUGCAAUUACUGUUGCAGGGCAAGAAGCUGACAAUGGCUCUCGAGAAAAACUUUGGAUGCCAAUUCUUCUGCAUCUAUUGGAUGAGAAGAGAUUUGGCUCUAAGCUACCUAUUCUAUGCUCCAAGCACCAGAAUCACACUUAUGUCUCAGAGCCUGAACAUUGGGAAGAUUUAAGUGGUGGCUGUCAUGAGGCUUGUGGUGGCAUUUUACCAUGUGGCCAUUUAUGUCCUUAUAAAUGCCAUCCAACUCCUCAUAAUAAAGUUCUCUGUAAAGAACCCUGCGAAAAGCUACUUGACUGUGGCCAUGGUUGCAGUAACAAUUGUGGUCAAACUUGUCAAUGCGAAGAAUGUCGUACAUUAUCUCGCAUGCGGGCCCUUGAGCUCAUAUCGUCGCCCAAGAAAAUCACUGCCGAAAAUGAGAAUGGAAACAAUUCAUUGAACACUACUCCCCGCAAGCAGAAAGAACGCUCCCCACAGAAAUACUGGAACAUGGGUGAGCAAAUUGGGCAGAGCCAUUCACACAGACAGCUCUCAUCGGGUCAAUCAGGUGGUCAACAUUCGGUCUACACAUUUGAAUCCUCUCCCACAAAGAGAGAGCUGUCGCCAGAAAAGGGCCGUCAACUUUGGAAUACUUGGGACCCAGUUCGUUCGGAUGAAAACAUUGACCAAGAGCGUAUUGAGCGAGAGAAGCUUGAAAAUGAGAACAAACCAAACGCUGAAGAUUUGGUCUUUGAAGAGACUCAUAAACCAGUUCGAUUUGAGAAUGGAAAGAGAAUCGUUGGUCCCAAGAUCCAAAAUGUUAUUCCUCGAGUGGUAAGCAGUAAUGAAAUCGCUCGCAGUGAAGAUCAAAGUCCAAGAAGCAGUUAUGAGGAGUUUCGUAACUUCAAUGAGAUUUUCCCCAGCAAAAACAACAUCGAUGGAGAUAGCAACGGCAUGGCUGACAGCAACAAUGGCAUCCUUCGCAAUGGCAAUGGUAGUAUGGUUGCUUCCAUCCACAACGGAGUUUCUAGCCGCAUUAACGUGGUACAAACCAAUGGAGUUACUCACAGUAGCAACGAACUUCUUCUCAAUACUGCAUUCAGCAACGAGGUCAAUUCUACCAACGAGGUUGUUACUGCUCCAGGUUCCGAGGAUGACAUGCUCAAAUUCAGUAACGAUGAUUUUGACUUUCUAGAAGGCCUUUAAAGUUGCACCGCGGUGAUAAUCGAGAGACGGACCAUCAAAUAUUGUUGUUCUCAUUUCAGUUGGUCUGGGGAGUACUCUUCACAGUUCUAAAAAUUUCCUGUUUUCCUUAAGUCGGCGUUCAAGUUUUGAGAAUAUUCACGAUGACUCUGGGUAAAGCUGGAAAUGACAUGGCGUUGCUUGAGAUUUGUUUUUAUGGCUGUUUAUCUGGACUUUUAUUUGUACACUAGAAUAAUAGAAUACUAGAAUACUAGGUAGCUAGAUAGUAAAAUGGAAUCUUUUCUACAACUUGUUGUGUUUACCACCA